UGCGUGGUCAGAGGAGAGCGGAAAUAGUGAAUGCGGGGUCCGGGGAGAGCGGAUAUAGUGAAUGUGGGGUCUGGGGAGAGUGGAUAUAGUGAAUGCAGGGUCCGGGGAGAGCGGGUAUAGUGAAUGCAGGGUCCGGGGAGAGAGCGGGUAUAGUGAAUGCAGGGUCCGGGGAGAGCGGGUAUAGUGAAUGCGUGGGUCUGGGGAUAGUGGAUAUAGUGAAUGCAGGGUCCGGGGAGAGCGGGUAUAGUGAAUGCAGGGUCCGGGGAGAGCGGGUAUAGUGAAUGCGUGGGUCUGGGGAGAGCGGAUAUAGUGAAUGCAGGGUCCGUGGAGAGCGGGUAUAGUGAAUGCAGGGUCCGGGGAGAGCGGGUAUAGUGAAU